CUUGGGUUUGUCCUUCCAUAGGGCGCAACGUGAUACUACUUGUUAUUUGUCUACAUCGUAUAAAAAUAUAUCAGAAAUGAUGGUAGAUUGUAGUUAUUAUGAUGGCAUUUCGGAAGCCGGAAUCGCACAGGAGUGUGUGUCUGGCUCCACCGCGGCUGACGAUCGUGCUCAUGACAUAAGCAUGGGUACGACUAUUAUCGCGAUGAUUUAUCGUGAUGGUAUACUUUUGGCUGCGGAUAGUCGUACAUCAUCUGGUCCUAUUGUUGUAAAUCGUGUGGCUCGCAAGAUUACUCGCAUUCUUCCAAAUGUUUUUAUGCUACGUUCCGGUUCAGCUGCCGAUUCGCAGAUGCUAUCUGUUAUAGUACGUUAUCAUGCACAGGCUUUAUGUCUACAAUUGCGCAAGAGCGGACGUGCGUCUGGUGAUGAUGCUAUUGGUAGUGACGAUGCGAUGCAGAUUGACAGCGAAAUGCCUACUGAGAGUGAAUAUAGUUACAGAUUCGACGAGAGUAUGGUUUACCCUCCUCUUAAAGCACUGGCUACUGCGACACACAAGAUUGUACAUGAGUACCGUGAGCAGCUGUACUGUGGUAUAAUAUUGGGAGGUUAUGAUAUGCAACACGGUCCCGAGAUAUACAAUGUGACAUUGGGUGGCACCCUGUUGAAAGUACCACACUUUGUGGCUAGUGGAUCGGGUUCAGGAUACAUUACAGCAUUUUUACACGACAACUACGAGCCUGACAUGUCUCGCGAUCAGUGUUUGUCACUGCUAAAGAGGGCUAUCAAGUACGCGAUUGACAUCGAUAAUAGUUCAGGCGGUCUAAUGCGUGCGGUAUCUGUUUCUCGUACCGGCGUGUCUGAGUUUUGCUUCACUUUCUAGACGUACUUUGGUGAUAAAUGUUUGCAUAGUUCCAGUAUUAUAUACCAUAUG